AUGGAUUCGAGGAACCCGGACGGCCUGUCCGACUGGAGCGACAUGAACUUCCUCAACUCCCACUUCGAAGAUGGAAUGCAGACCGAUUCCUCCCUCGGCAACAGCGCCUUUGCCGACUUCACCAACCUCGACUCCUACACCAGCGACACCCCCAUGGGCUUGAUGAUGCGCACUCCUUCCAAGUCCGGCCCCGAACCUUCCACCACCGCAGGCGCCCAGAAUACACCCGACGGCCAGUUCACGACGGGCGCAUCCGCCGAGAGCUCGACAGAGGACUCCGCCUCCGAUUCAUCCAGCCGGCGCAAGAGGAAGACGAAUGAGUCGGAAUCUCCCAUGCCAGAUCCUGCCACCGAGGUGGGGAGGAGGGAGGGACAAGUCAAGAAGGAGGAGAUCACAUUGUCCAUGGGAGGUAUGCAACACGUGCCGAGCUUCGAGAACACCUUCUCCCAGCCCAUGCAUAACCUGUCACUGGAGCAGAGCUUGAGCCACGGGGACAGCAACAUGAGCAGCCAGUAUGAUUUCAACAGCGCGGCCUCAAGCCCCAUCCAGACCCAUAGCUUCAACUCUGCCAUGUCUUUGGAUGCUUCUGUCAUGCCUCGCAAUGCGGUCGCGGCUCAGUUCAACCAGGAUUCGCCGGUUCAGACCAUCAAUCCGGGCAUGUUCCAGAUCUCAGCCUCCCGAGACCAGUCGCCGGCUACCAACAACAUGAUGUUCAACCAGGCGUCUGCCUCUCCGCACGCCAUCUUCUCCACUCCAUCUUCUGACAGCCAGGAGACCUUUCCAGCCAACCAGACCUGGAAUCCGGCGCUCCCUCAAAACCCCGCCUGGCCUGGUGAUUUUGGAAGCCAACUUGCCUCUCCCGGGGCAAUUAACUUCACUCCAUCGCCUGGCGCCAAUGGUGUGACUCCGGGGACCACAGCUCGUGCGCCGCCCGCUUCAGGCAGAUCCCCACUCCAUAUAGCGCCCAUUUCAACAAAGUCUCGCGUAGAGACGCAGAUCAAUGUAGUCAUGACUAUGGAGAAGCCACCUCCCGGUAUAGAGCAGCUUCACCUCCCAUUGCACACCAUUGCGAAAUCGAAACUGUUGGCAAAGGAGGAGUAUGAGAAAGCAAAGGUCUUGGAGCUACACACGAUGCUUGUGUGCACCAGCGCUAUGCACAACCCACAAAUGCGCGAAAAGGCUCACCAGCGAGCUGCGGCUGCGAACAAUGAGGAGAUCCAACAGCGGGCGGAGCUGGCGAGAGAGACUGGAGACGAGGAGAAGAAUGAUCCAAAGAACGUUGAAGAGGCCGACAAACCUGCGAAUGGCGGCGAAGUCAGGAUUUGCAACAACUGCAUACAACGCGAGAGAAAGCGGGCGGGUCGCAAGAAGACCAAGAGGGAAGAAGAGCAAGCUCAUUGGGAACGAUUCGAGACGGAGAGGGUGGUGGUAUUCAAUUCUAAUGAAUAUCUGCCAUUCAAGCCGAUUGAGCCUGGACAGCAAUCCCAAAGAGAUGGCCAUGAUAAUGACCCAUACGUCCCUCCCGAGGGCGCCAUUCAAGUGGCUGCUGCAAUGCGAAUUGCUUGCUACUGCAGACAUCAGAGCGAGAAGGAGGGCUUCCAAGUCAUUUUCACACUCAAGGACCACCAGGGAAAUGUUGUCGCUCAGCAGAUGUCAGAUUCGAUUCUCAUCACGGACGACCACAAGACCCAUCCUCAGAGCUUUACGACCCCCGUAGGCGGCGAGGGCUUUUACUCGAAUCCAGCUUUCCUCCCGAACGGCUUACCUAUGUCGCAUUCUAUGGUCGACAUGACAACACACGCUCAGCCCUUCACUUCGUCCAGAUCUGCAGGCAACCUUCAGGCUUUGGCGUACCAGGCUCAAUUCAAUCCACAUCAUAGUCAUGUGCACCAGCUUCCUCAUUCAGGGUAUGCGUCUCAAACGACGUCUGCCACGAUGACGCCCACCAGCCUCUCCAGACCUGGGUCUCCUUCAAGUGCCGGUCAAGCGGGUCCGAACAAGAAGAGGAAGUCUUCUUCAUUUCACCGCAAGGUUCCCAGUGGCCUGACGAUGACUCCACGGGUUGACACAAGCCAGCCACCUUCGUCAAAUCUACCCUCCGCUGCUUCCAUCAGCUCGCAGUUUUCACCGGGCUUUCCAGGAGCCCCGAUGAAUCAGUCGUACAUGACGAUUCCAAACAACAAUGGACCGGCACAGUACUUUGGCAGUGGCCCGCCAACACCGAACGAGAACGGACCUUUCAACCUCAGUCAGCCGCAAGUGGACGUGUCCAGAAUGAACAACCAGGCGUACUUCUCGCACCCGUCUUCCGCGGUUCCUAGUCGGUCCUCUUCCCCUGUCUUGCAGCAGACGCGUGCGAACAUGGCUGCGUAUGCCUGUCAGCAACCCAUUCAGACGCCAACCAAUUCAAUGAGUGUUCGGCCGCCUGUGUUUACCGGCCAGCUUCCUGGGUCUGCUAUGACAGACACAAACCAUGGUGGAUACCCCGUGAUCACCAAAAUAUCGCCAAACGAAGGUCCGGUCUGUGGCGGCACAGAGGUCUGCAUUUUGGGCGAGAACUUCGUUGUCGGAAUCUCCGUGGCAUUUGGUGAACAUUCAGUGCCAACUCAGUUUGUCAGCGAGCACUCGCUCCUCGUCACUUCCCCUCCAGGCCGUCCAGGCUCUGUACAUGUCAAUCUACAUCCUCCCGGUGCUCCUCAUGGGCCCAAUGCGCGCUACCCGGAGCCUUCCAGCAAGCCUAUCUUCCGAUACGUACCGCAAAAGCCUGAAGAUAUGAUGGUGAUGGCUCUCAAAUAUCUCAGCGAGCAACAUUCUGGGAGCGGUGACAAUUGGCAGAAUCUUGCCCAGACGUCGGCCACGAGCUACAUCCAGCAACACGUGGGACAGGCGGGUCUACAGCAGCAAGGCUACCCGGGUCGAUACAGGAUGGCUAUGGGCUCUGCACCAGUGGAUGAUCCGCUUCUAAAGAUGCGAAGGCACAGGCAGUCUCGAGCUCUGCUGCACGCAGGCUCUCAGAAUGGAGUAGAGAAAGCGCGCAAGUUGCCGCCCAAUACCUCCACGACAGUGUGGUCCGAUCCGCCGACAUUUCAGGAUCCGUCGAGUGUCCAACAGAUGUCUCUGCCGAGCUUGAGCGAUUCUCGAAGGUCCAGUGUUCCGGUACCUGGAGAUGCUUCUCACGCCCUGGCUCGAACAGUGGAGCUACCACAGCCGCCUCUAGAUGCACCACAGCUCGUUCAUCUCCAGUCGGACGUUCUUUCAGCCUCAUCAUCGGCAAUGCAACCAUCAGUCUCCAGCGAUGUGUCUUCCGAUCGGACUUCGAGGGAAGGUGAGGUGGUAUUGCAGGACGGGGCAGCGCGAACAGCUGCGGUGGGAGAAGUUACAGGCCCAAAACGUGUCGGGAGGUUAAAGCCCACGAAUACGAUGAGCUCAUCGCCAAUGUCUUCCGCCGUGGCGUCUCCGAAUAAGACCGACACGGCGACUAUCGCUUCGUGGCUCUUGGUGAGUAGUUACGUGCAGCAGCACUCCACAGCAAUGACUGACCGUCUCAUCUCGCAGAUGCCGUUGGCCGUGCUUACUACUACGACGUUGACCACGAUGCACCUCACCCAGCCCUUUGCAUGCGCGGUGACGGACGAUUACGAUCGAACACGGCGAUCUUUGCGGUUUUGGCGGAGCCCGGAAUUGGCUGCUGCUGCUGCGGCCGCGGCCUGA